UCUUUGAAUGUUAACAUUUAAAUAAAUAAGGUCAACAUUAAAUAACACAAUAAAUAGAUUUUUAUUGGUAACAAUACAUUGAUAUCAGAACUAUGUAUAGAUAUUUGUUGUACCUCACUUUGUUUAUAUACGUACAUGUAGUAAAAAGCAAUGCUGCAAUAACUCCAGCACAGAAAGCAAUGAUACAAUCGAAGCUGUUAUCAAGUGGACUGGAAUGCAUCAAAGAUCACCCGCUUUCAAUCUCUGACAUAUCAACACUGAGGAAGAAAAUGAUUCCCAACAAUAAAAAUGCUAGAUGUUUUGCAAAUUGCUUGUUCAAGAAAACUGGUAUUAUGGACGAUAUGGGAAAACUUAAUCCUACAGGAGCUCACGAUAGUGCCGUAAAGAUAUUCAAAAAUAGUGAGGAGCAUUUGAGCAAAGUCGAUGGUAUUAUUGAGGAGUGUUCUUUUGUUAAUGAUCAAAGUACUGGCGACGAUAUGGAUUGCGAGAGAGCCAAAAUGGUAUUCGAAUGUUUGGUGCAACAUGCUCCUAAAUUCGAUCUGGAUAUCGACUUUUAACGCCUUCGAAGAACGUGAUUUUUAUUUUUGGAAAAAGAAAAUAAUGUAUAUAAAAGUGCUUCCUAUAUAUUGCUAUACAGGAGCUGGUGUACAAGUACAUAAUAAAAUAUUCAAUUCAUUUCAAAUUAUAUGCGAAUGCUAGCUAUGAUGCGACCUUUUGGCAAUCCAUCUGGUUAAUGUCUUAGGAUAG